AUGUCAGCCGCUACUCCUUCAGAGGCUACCAUGGAAGCCACUACCGACUCUGUCAUGGAAGAGGGCACUCCAGUCAACGAUAAUCCGAUCCCCAUCGAUCUCUCGAGCGCUCGCCGAGCCAAGACCCCCGAGGUCGAUCCCGCAGGCUCUUCCAGUCUCUCCUCGGCUGCCUCCACUCCUACCAAGCCGGCGUCGGAGCGCCACCGGGCCACUCCCAAGGAACCGAAGCUCAUCUCCCACGCAGCGGCAAAUAAGCAGCUUCGAGGUCUGAUCGUCGCCCACAAUGAGACGUCAAGGGAAUACAAGAAAGUGUUGGGACUGUACAAACACCUGACCCGCGAAGAGAACGCGAUCCCGAUAAUUCUCGAGGCAUGCGUUAGUGCCACCAGCGAAUGCCUCGUGCAAGCCAUCGAGGAUGUUGAGGCGCUUGAGUCUGGCAAUCCGCCGAGAAAAAUCCCCUACCCGGCCGACAUGAUUCCCGAGCUUCUUGCCGCCGUCGAGACGGCCGAGGCCGAGAGAAACGAAUUCUACGCUGAGAAUCGGCGCUUGUUCGUGCAAGUUGCUAUUCUAGAGGAGGAGCUCCACGCUCUCAAGGCCAAGGUGAACGUUGCCAAACAAGUUGAGCUUGACGCCAGAACGCGAGAGGGCCUGCCGGUUCUCGCGGCGGCCUGUCAGAGACCUAUUGCGCCUUCUGGGCUGCCGGUCGGUACCGGGACUCCGAUCAAUUCGACACCGGCAGCUGUCCGACGACGGAAACUGACUGGCGAAGCGCCUGCGACAUCGCCUGCUUUGCCGGAGAGUAUCAGCCAGAAUUCGACCGAGCGAAACUUCAGAACGGGAACGUGGACUUUAAGCUUGGAUGAUCCUCAGACACCCACAAGAAACUCUAGUCGCUGA